AUGAGCAAGAUAGAAUUGAUAGCCAGCUCUCUGGAGCUACCCAAUGGCGCUGUGAUUCCCAACCGACUCGUGAAGGUGGCCAUGGAAGAGGGCAUCGGUCAUGGCGGAGGGCUGCCUGGCCGGAGGCAUUGCGAGCUAUAUCGAAGAUGGGGUGAAGGCGGCUGGGGAAUGCUCAUCAGCGGCAACGUUCAGGUUGAUCCUCGGCACCUCGCCACACCACACGACCGAACUAUACCCUCUACGUCGCAACAUACGAUCUCCGCCUAUUCUGCUCUUCGCUUCGCCACACUAUCAUCUCUUCCUCCUGACACCAAGGCGCCCCUCUUGAUCAUGCAGAUCUCACACGCCGGGUUGCAGUCAUCCUCGACCAUCGGGGCAUCUCGCUUGCCAUGGGUUCCGGCCAUUGGUCCGUCUUCUAUGCGUCCCAACACUGGAAACUCGUGGGCCGGCAAAGUGGUCGGACGGACGCUAUGGCCGACCAAGAGUCGUCAGAUCGUUGACUUUGCGGAAUGGGAGGGUAUUGUGCAGAAGUUCGUGGAUGCGGCGGUCGUAGCCGAGAAGGCGGGCUGGGAGGGUGUGCAAGUGCACUCCGCGCAUGGCUAUCUGCUGGCUGAGUAUCUUUCGCCAUUGACCAAUCCCAAUCCAUUACCACUGCCAGGGGUACACUGGAAGAUCCCUGUACGACUACACCUUCUCUUUCUCAUCCUUCGAGGCGUCCAUGCUGCGACCCGGAGAGAGUUCAUCAAGGCGAUUAAGAUCAAUUGCUCUGACUUCGUGCAAGGAGGUCUGGAUGAAGCGCAGUCGGCAGAGAUCAUCAAGGAGAUCGUAUCGUGGAGGAUGGUAGAUGUACUGGAAGUCUCAGGUGGGAAUUACAGCAACCCAGGUAUUGUAGCUUUUACGGACUCCCAACGCCCAACUUCAUCCCGCCAAGCACUCUUCUCCCACUUCACCAGCGCCCUACUGCCCAGCCUUCCAUCUCCGCCAGAAGGUCCAGCUAUCAUCCUCACCGGCUCAAUACACUCCCGCGAGCUGAUCCACUCCUCUCUCGAGACCCGAACGUGCGAUCUCGUCGGGAUCGGUCGGCCGUCCUGUAUCUACCCCGCUCUGCCGAGAGACGUCAUCCUCAACAUCGAUGUCCCGGAUGAGGAAGCAGUCUUUGGUGGGUAUCAUAUCAGGGGCGGUGACUGGGUCAAGCAAGCUUUGGGCGGAGAGAAGUCGUCUGGCAAGAAGGCGUCCAAGGGGAUACCGCUGGUGGGCGCUGGGGUAUCGACGUUCUGGCACGAGUGGCAGAUGUGUCGCCUGGGCAGGGGUGUGGAGCCGGAUAUCAACAUGAGCUGGCUGGGAGCGGCGCUCUGGGAGGGAGUGGUUUUCGCUGUGAUUGGGGCAGUACUGGGUGUCUUUAGGAGGAAAUAA